AAAAAAUAUAGUUGAUGUAUCCUUCGGGCCGGUCGAUGAAGUCCGAGAAUUCGCGAGUAGCUUGGACUGUUCGUACCACGGGCGGGGCAGCCGUGGCAUAAUUCGAGAAUAUGACAUUUUUUGUGGCUCGCAGCUUAUAGAAAUUCUCCUAAAUUCUCGGAAGCCGCAGAAAUUUCCAAUUUUUGCCAUUUCUCGGUUAAAGAUUCUCAGUGACCGUUAAUGGCGACCGAAGUAAUGAAGAGCUCUGCUCGGAGCUCAGCUCUCCCCUCAUCACUCAUACCAUCGCCCACUCAGCCUCUCCGGCGGCUUCCUUCUCCCUGUCCGCUCCCUGUCGCUGCUGCUGCUGCACGCCUUAGUAGAAUCGCUUUGAGAAGUAUCAGACGGUUCCCGCCGGCGGCAGCUGCAGUUUCUUCCUCGUCGCCGGACAAUCAGACGGCGGUUGUCGCUCCGCCGCCGGAGGCCGAGCAGUGUUCAGCGGAAGAAGUCGUCAGGAGCUUCUACAGGGGAAUCAACGGCCGCGACCUCUCCUCCGUCGAAGGCCUCAUCGCCGAUGAUUGCGUCUACGAGGACCUCAUCUUUCCCCAGCCCUUUGUCGGCCGUAAGGCGAUACUAGAUUUCUUCCGGAAGUUCAUCGACGCCAUAUCCGCAGAUCUUCAAUUUGUGAUUGACGAUAUUUCAGCUGAGGAUUCCUCGGCAGUUGGAGUUACCUGGCAUUUAGAAUGGAAGGGAAAGCCCUUUCCUUUCAGCAAAGGAUGCAGCUUUUACCGGCUACAGAUCAUUCAGGGCAAGCAACAGAUUACAUAUGGGCGAGACAGUGUUGAACCGGCAAUCAAACCCGGGGAAGCUGCCUUGGCUGCUAUCAGGGGGGUAACUUGGCUGCUGCAGCAGUUUCCUCAGCUAGAAGAAAGAUUAUAGGCGAAGGCUUCUCGUGCAGAAAGAAAGAUGUGUUCAGAUAGCCUACGCUUGUAGCGUUUUUCAUGGCUUUGUUCAAAUAAAGUGUGAAACAGGAUAUCUGUGGCUUUCGUAUAAACACCAAUCAAAUAAUAGAGUACAGU